UCGCCGCCAAGACGUCUUCCUCAAAGAAACGGAAGAUUACAAAUCGCCAAUCCACUGCUAAAGACGAGAGCUUAGACAGUUGCAAUUCCUCGGACACACCUUUACCAUCCUGUGAAGUAGACACAGAUCCGAACUAUUCAUUCUACUCUUCUUUCGACAGCUUGACCGCCAACUCCCGCCGCGCUAACUCCGUCCCGCCGGCAUCAAGUCUCCCCCCUCGAUUACAAACCAAUACCAGCUCCCUUAGCUACGCCGAAUACGCCUCAUCCGCCGCGAGCUCUCCCUCUGGUGCCUGCGCUGCGCUAACAAUCGAUAGCGAUUGUGGUCCCGAUAACCCAACGCUCGAACUCAGCUCCACCUCUUCUAAUAUAUUUUCUGGAAGGGGUAGCUCACCAUUUGCCAAAAUCACCUACCAUCGUGCAGUCAUGGGCGGUGCCGCCGAUUUCCCAGAUAGAGCCUCCUCUCCGUUAAAACGACGCGCCUCCAGUAUGGAACCUGAUAUCGCAGAUCAAGAUGCAACUGAAGAUGUCGAUAUGAUUGCAGCACCACCGUCCGAUGCUCCGGACACAUCUAAACCCGAACAACCAAACGGUCACAUUGCAACCGAUGUAGGUCCCGCAGUGAAUGGCCAUGCCGGUGCGACGGCCGAGGGAAGUGCAGAGCCGAUGGACAUAUCACCACUUCAACCACGUCAACCCCCAGAAUCCAUAGAGGCUCACGUGAAAGCCAUCCGAGUGUUCGUGGAAGAGCAAAACACACGCCCACUUACAGAAGGCCAGGAGUGUUUCCUAGUCUCAAAAUUGUGGCUGGCUAAUGUGCCGGACGAUUUAUCACCAAAACACACUAUCGAGGACUGGGCCUCGAUACCACCAGUAGAUAACUCGGACAUCAUCCAAGAGGUUAUAGAUGAUCCUUGUGUCGGUAGUGGCGUGGUAGAUGUUCUAAAGAAAAAAUUCGUUCGGUUGAAGCCGGGUUACGACUCGGAACAAUUUGAACCUUUCCCUAAAGAUGCCUGGGAUCUUCUUGUUAAAUGGCCCGGGUUGAAAGAGGACCAAAUACCUAUUCUCCGUUUGGCACAUGCUACAACGGACGAUGGCAAAAAUGUUAUGUGGGAGUGGCAUCCGCCUGUACUCUCGAUAUAUCGAAUCUGGUCUGCUAAUAGUGAGUUGCCAAUCGAAGCAGCUAUGAAGGCCACGAACCCACCACCUUCAAGACUUGCACGUAGUCGCUCAACAAAUUUCCAGACUUUCUUGAAACAGGCAAAAAGAGUCACAGGAAUAGAUUUAUCACAAAGAGUUCGAGCUUGGAGCGUUUUACAGCCACCUAUUGGCCAAACACCAGCCUGGAGCCAUCUUCUCUUGGACGUUGAAUCAUUUCUGGCCCUCGAGAGAAAAUCAGAAAGAGAGCUCAUCGAUUUCGGUGAUCGAACAGAUCAGCCAAAUCAGAAAUCUGUCAAAACGCUAGGCCACUUCAGUAUUGCGCAAGAUCAAGCCAUUGUCUUGGAUCCUCAUGAAAGCGGUACCACUUGGACUUCGACUCUAACGUCUUCCCAAGCACGAACGUCGCUACCAUCUAGAAAUAGCUCUACCAAUCUAACUGUACAAAACCGGAACGCUAGAAGCGGACGCACUAGUCCAGUAUCCCAGGGGUCUCUCACGCGUGGUAGAGCAAAGUCUGGUAAGGUUCCCGGGUGCGUGGGAUUAGCAAACUUAGGUAACACAUGUUACAUGAACGCUGCGCUCCAGUGUGUCAGGAGCGUUGAGGAAUUAACCAAGUAUUUCCUCUCGGGAGAGUGGGAAUUAGAACUCAACAAGGAAAAUGUCCUCUCCCACAAUGGCGAGGUGGCUGCUGCUUAUGCCCACUUAUUGAAAGAGAUUUAUAAAGAUUCGUCGCCGGGUUCUGUCUCACCCCGUCAAUUUAAAGCCACGAUCGGUAAAUAUUCUACGGGAUUUUCGGGUUAUGGUCAGCAAGACUCGCAAGAGUUUCUUGGAUUUUUGCUGGAUGGGUUGCAAGAAGAUCUUAGUCGGAUCAAGAAGAAGCCUUAUAUCGAGAAGCCGGACUCGACCGACGAAAUGGUUAACGACCCUGCCGCAAUUCGAGAGAUGGCAGCUAAAGUAUGGGACAUUACCAAGAGACGUGAUGACUCCGUCAUAGGCGAUCUAUUCACUGGCUUAUACAAGUCGACACUGGUUUGCCCGGAGUGUCGGAAGGUUAGCAUUACAUUUGACCCGUUCAAUAAUCUAACCCUGCCUCUACCCGUAGAAAAUAAGUGGAAUCACACCAUCAAGUUCUUCCCCCUAAAUGAUCGACCGAUUGACAUUAGAGUCGAACUUGACAAGCAUGCCAGCAUCAAAUCUCUGAAGGAGUUCCUGUCUACCAAAACCGGCGUGCCGGCUGAACGCUUGUUCGGUGCGGAAGAAUGGAAGGGCAGGUUCUAUAAGUAUUAUACUGACGUCUCUUGCGCCUCGGAAGAGAUUACACACAACGACAACGCUUGGUUCUUCGAGCUCGAGGUUAAGCCUACAAACUACGGUGCCAAACCUCAUAAACAGCAGAAGUAUGGAGUAGCAGUCAGAUCCAUGAUCGAUGAGGAGGAGCACAACGCCUCAGCUUCGUGGAACGACGAGCAAGCUGAGAAACUGCUUGUCCCCGUCUUCCACCGGCGUCCAGCCCCUUCAAAAUCCAGUUAUCACCAGGGUAGAUGGGUACAAGCCUGUGCCCCUCAUUUUGUUAUCAUCACACCCGAAGAAGCUAAGAGCGAGGAAGCUAUUCGCCGUAAGGUCCUGGAAAAGGUCGUGACGUUAACAAAACAUCCUUUGCCUAUACGCGGGGAGGAUUUGGAGGGGUCCGAUAGCACCGACCUCGAAAUCAUAGGGACGAGCUCCGACACGGGUUCCUCCAACGAAGGUAGGGUUGUUGCCCAGUCCGUUACAGGUGAGGAUGACAUGGUUGACGUACAGAUGAAAGAUGGCGGAGUCCGAAGCAACCCUUCAGGCAAGCAAUUAUGUCACAAGAGACCGGCUUGGAUGGCACCGGGGUUGUUUCUCCCUCCCAUUCUUCAGAAUAUGUUUGAUAUCUGCUUCUACUCGGAAUCGGGAGCAUGGUUACCGACUGGCAUGAGCGGCAUUAAUGAUGACAGGCAAUAUCCGAAGCUCUCGACCAGGGUUCUACCCGAGUCUUCAUCGGAAGACCAGUUCGACAAUGCAACCAAUGGCACGGCCUCUAAUGAAGAGUCCAGUUCAGACGAAGCUCCCCGACGAAGUACUGAGCAUUCCUACACACGCAUGCAAGACGAAAGCGAUGAUGAGGAUGCCAGCCCGAUCAUUAAGCCGAACCACCACCGCUCUAAGCAGAACGGGCGGGCUAAAGGCAGAAACAAGCAACAGAAGCACUCUAAGACGUGCAAGAACUACGGCAAGGGGGGCAAGAAGAAGCUACGUCAGCAACAACGCCAAUCAAAGGAGAAGCAUCAGAACCUAGAAUUGGAUGAAUCAUUUAAUAUAGGCGAACCUGGUCCCGAUGGAGGUCCCUUAAUCCGCCUCAAGGAAGCUCUCAUUAUCGACUGGUCUGACGGUGCUUAUGAUCGCAUCUUUACUGAUAGUAGCGCACCAGCCAAUGAUAACUCGCUCGCAACAUGGAUUUCCUGUGAGACUCUACCCGAUCCCGAGCUGGACAGAGCCCAGGCUGCUCGGACUAAGAGUCGUAAGAACGGUAUCUCUCUUGAGGCAUGUCUGGACGAGUUUGAGCGAGAAGAAAUCCUUUCAGAACAGGAUAUGUGGUAUUGCCCUCGCUGCAAGGAGCACAGGCGUGCCAGCAAGAAAUUUGACCUAUGGAAGACCCCAGACAUUCUCGUCAUUCAUUUGAAGAGAUUUAGCUCUAGUGGUUUCAGAAGAGACAAAUUAGAAGUUUUGGUCGACUUCCCUCUUGAAAACUUGGACAUAACUUCUCGCGUUCUCCAGAAAGAAGAUGGAAAACAGGAAAUUUACGAUCUGAUCGGAGUUGACUGCCACUGGGGCGGCCUGGGAGGCGGUCACUACACUGCUCAUGCGAAGAACUUUGUGGACGGCCAGUGGUAUACGUAUAAUGAUUCGUCGGUAUCGCGAGCGUCUCCAGAUAGAAUCGUCGACUCAUCGGCGUAUUUGCUGUUCUAUCGUCGACGAUCUGAGACCCCCCUUGGCGGGCCUCGCUUCCAGCAAAUCUUGGAUAAGUUCCAAAAUGAUGGCUCCGACAGCGAACUGGCUGAUUCGGGGGAAGAUCAGCGUCUCGGCGAAGGCUUCUCCCAGAAUGGGUCGUCGAGCGCGUUACAAGGAGCAGGAGCUACUCACCUGCGCGGAAGCACUGGUGGUAAAUCGACGAAUGGCUUUGCAGUAAAUGGCGCAAAUAGUAGCUGGGACAUAAAGACCAUCGACGAUGUCCUCGAGCAUCCCUCCGAGGAUGUCCAUCGAAGUAUCGAAGAGGAUGAAGGCAUAAGCUUAACCGAAGACACAGUGCAACCAGCAGGUUUCCAACCGCUUACGAAUGGUAAUUCUUGGAGCUUUGACAACCUUGUGCCUAACGAUAUCGCGGAUAUUGAAAACCCCCCCUCGGAGAGUCCCCUUGGCUCAGAUGUGGCCUCAGAUGUAGCACAACACGAUUCAUCUGGUGAUGAACGGGUGCUCAGUCCCCGUGACAUGGAUUUCGAGCCAGACCAGGAGCCAGAAUAUCCGGGAAUGUCAAGUUACGAACUAUCACAACCCGAGACCAACGUACCCUCGUAUAGUGAAAUUCCACCCCCCGACUACCGAGGUGAAAUGACCCAGGACGAUAUGGACCAGAUUUGGGAUCAGAAGAACACGAUCCACAAAGUUGCACCUGGGGGUGAGAAUGAUGCGCGUUCCGAAGACGCAGCGGAAAUCCACAUCGGCGAAGAGGAUAAGAUUAAGCUCACCUAGUUAUACGGGAAUUGAUUGUCGGUGUCUAAGCAGAGCACUAUGCCAAUGAAUCCAGAAGUCUCCCAAAUGAGGAUCUUCGCCUUGGUGCAUUGACAGGGAAAGGAAAUACCUUGAUACCUACAGUACAUUAAGCAGUGAG